UCAACAUGUCCAUCAGCUCCAACGGGAAUAUGUCUGAGCUGAAGAAAACAGGAAGAAAAGGACAGAAAGCUGGAGCCCGAACAGAGGAACCGCCGCCGUACGAAGCUGACGUUCCUGAACCCAGGAGCAGAGACGAGCUGCUGAAACACUGGAUUCCUCUCUCUCUGGAUGACAGAACGGCUCAGAAGCUGCUCUGGAUCUCGGAGGGCGGAGCUAAAGUUUCCCGGAUGUCCGAGCAGCCGUGUCCCGUACUGGACCGACCAGAAAGAUUCGAGGUCGCUCCUCAGGUGGUGUGUAAAGAGGGGUUCCUGGGUCGCCGUGGUUACUAUGAGAUGGAGUACGAGGGCUGGGUGGUGAUCGGGGUGGUGUACGCCAGCAGCGGGCGCAAAGCUAAAGACGGAGCGUGCGGCCUGGGCGAGAACGAGGCAUCGUGGGCCGUGGGCUGGGGCGGAUCUUAUUACCAAGCCUGGCACAACGGAGAGAGCACGGAGAUCCACGGAAACCGCGGCAACACCAUCGGCGUCUACGUGGACCAACCGGCCGGCGUGGUGGCUUUCUACUUGGUGGAGGGAGAACCGAGAGAGGCGAGACUUCUGCACCGGUACAAAACCACCUUCAACGACGAGCUCCUACCCGGAGUCUGGGUGGGGCAGAACUCCUCCUGCUGGAUCCGCAAAAAGGACUAGAGAGGAAGAGGAGGAAGAGGAACACGGCUGCACGUUUGUCCGGGAAUUAGAUGCAUUGAGAAGAUACGUUCAGUGUACUCGUAUCCUCACGUGUGUGUGUGUGUGUGAAUCUUCUGAGAAAUCUGUUUUCGUUUGGAAAUAA